AUGGCGUUCGUUCGUUCGUUCGUUCAGGUUCAGGUUCUGAACGGCAUCGGGCCGUCCGGUUUUGGGCAUUCAACGGCGCUCCGAUAUAUUUACCGGCCAGAAAGAAAACUGUCGUUUUUGGUACUGUUCCUGUACACAGCAAUCGUUUCAGCACAGGACAUUUUCGGGUUUGGCGAAAACGACGAAGGACCCUGCGGUCGAUGGAAACCGGGCGAUGUGGAUCUUCGGUCGUUCGACUUGAUUCGGGAGUUUCAUUUGGAUCAGUUCGAAAGCAGCGGACGACAUGUGUACAGCAUCGAAGGAACCAAAAACUUUCAGACGGCCUAUCGGCUGGAAAACGAAGCUAACUUAACAAUGCGAUCCAUCGAUGCCUUUCCCCGUGGUUUGCCGCAUCAAUUUUCGCUAGAAUGUACCUACCGAACGGAGGCGGAGCCCGUGUCUUUGUGGCACUUGAUCGAGGUUACCAACGAACAUCACGAAAGUCAGUUGACCGUGACGAUGAACCCGGGACGACAAACGCUGGAGAUUGGUUUGCCCAGUAUAGAGGGCGAGCUGCAGGUUGUGGAGUAUCAUCACUCGUCACUUUUCGAUCAACGCUGGCAUAAAAUUAUGCUAGGUGUGACGAACGACUUCUUGAACCUGUGGGUCGACUGUCAACCGGUUAAAGAUGUAGAUGGAAAUCUGAACGCACCCUUAGAACCACGUGGGCGAUUUGAUACGAACAAUGGGUUUGUUUCGAUUUCACGCUAUGCUGAAACCUCGUUGAUGGAGCCCGAGUCACCGUUGAUAGACCUGCAGUGGAUGGUAAUGAAUUGCGAUCCAACACGUCCCGCUAGAGGAACAUGCGAUGAACUACCGUUGUACGAAGUGGCCCACUUGACAAAUAGACUACCAGAUGGUCCAGAGCCUAAAGCUGAUUGCAAUGCUGUGUGCCCUCCAGGAUACAACGGAACUGAUGGUGCUCCGGGAGCUCCAGGUUCCCCCGGUCUGAAUGGAGAAAAGGGAGAACCAGGUAUAAAUGGUCGACGAGGUCCACCUGGUCCUCGUGGCUUAGAAGGCCCUGCUGGUGUUUCCAUUAGAGGCGAAAAGGGAGAGUCAGGUGCUGUGGGAGCAAAAGGUGAGCCAGGUGCCGCAGCUGCAGCGGGAGCGGCUGUCGUUGGUCCACCUGGUCUGCCUGGACCACAAGGAAUGCCGGGAAUUGGAAUAAAAGGCGACAGGGGUGAACAAGGAUUAGAUGGACUUCCUGGACAAAAAGGUGAGUCCAUACAUGGACCACCAGGACUAAGGGGACCUCCUGGUCCUCCCGGGAUUGGCCAACGAGGAGAAAAGGGCGAACGUGGUGAUACAGGUUUUCCCGGACGAGAUGGUAUUUCGUUGCCAGGUGUUCCAGGAGCUAAAGGAGAGAAGGGAGAACCUGGAGUUGCAGUGUCGUCAGUUGCUGUUCGGGGAGAAAAAGGAGAAACUGGUGCAAGGGGGCCGACUGGUAUUCAAGGCCUACCAGGUGCUCCUGGCCCAGUGGGACCUCCUGGUCCACCCGGACCCGUUUCUGGCGAUGGGUUAUAUGCAACUGGUAAUUUAGGAGUCUCGGUUCCUGGACCACGUGGAGCUCCUGGUUCACCAGGUCUUCCCGGUCCUCCAGGACCUCCAGGUCAACCUGGUUCUUCAGGGGGAGAGAUGUCUACAGGUAGUGGACGAUACUUUGAAAACUUCAUGUCAUACGGACAUCGAGGACCAGUUGGAUAUACUGGAUUACCAGGAGAACGAGGAGCAGGUGGUGAUCGUGGACCGGAGGGUAUUGUGGGCCUGCCAGGUGCACCUGGCCAAGACGGAGCUCCUGGGCUACAAGGUCUUCCCGGUGUUACAGGGCAACCUGGGGCUCCUGGUUUACCCGGACCACCAGGAAGAAGUGUUACGGAAGCUGAAGUGCGGGAUAUUUGUGCAUCGGUGUUACGCGAUCAGUUGGCACAGAUAACGGAAGGCCUAAUAGGACCACCCGGUCCACCUGGGGAAUCAAGAUCUGGAAGACCUGGACUACCGGGAAAACCUGGCCCGAAAGGAGAUCGCGGCUAUCAAGGUCCACCAGGUGACAGAGGAUAUCCAGGGGAAAGUGGAAAUCCAGGAUUACCUGGCACUCCUGGCGACCGGGGUGAGCCAGGAUUGGAUGGAAAGGCUGGAAGUGAUGGCUUUGGUCGUGAUGGACCUCCAGGCCCUCCGGGACCACAAGGCCCACCAGGCGCAGAAGUACAAGGGCCUCCUGGCCGUCAAGGAGAGAGAGGAGAGCCAGGAAAAUCAGGUAUGCCAGGGUUGCGAGGUCCACAGGGUGUUGCUGGGGUGUGCCCCAACGAUUGCUAUAUGGCUGCUGUCGCUGCCGCUCAAAGCUUCCGAGCUGCUAAUCAGCAAACUAAGGGACCAUCGUACUAA